AUGUCACACGGGGAAUUGGUAGCCUCUCCCAGACUCGCGGGCCAGGGCGCAGGUUUUCGACACCGAAAUCUUAAGAUAAUCACUGAUACCCUCCCCAGCUUUACAGACCAACAGAGCAGCGAGUCUGCUCGGGAGACUAUGUCGAGGUUGGAUCCGUUCGCCGACCCUGUUUACUUGUACGAUGGGUCCGAUAUGAUAUCAGGGACAGCCACGCCUUACAUCUUCACUCCAGCAAGGGUCUUGAUAUCCAAUGACAUGCGUUUUCGGUUUUUUCCGCCCGAACAAACAAUUCUCCCAUCAAAACCUAUCAACUCUAUAGGUCAUAAUACGCACCUGCCUACUGCUUCCGCGAAGAUCAUACCCUUCAUUUCCGAAGAACCUCCGGCGACUGCACUAGCAUUAGAGGAGUUUCCCGUUCCUCCUUCUCCUCAUCCUCGGCCGCCGCAGUCAGAGGUGGCCGACGCUUAUGAGCGGCCAUUACCCACAGUCCAGGCGAGUCCCCAUCAAGGUGGGGAGUCCUAUGGUGAGCAACGAAGAGUGAAGGUACACACACAGCCAAUUGAGUGUAAGAAGCCCUCUGUCCCUAAGGGGGAAAAUAUAGGCCGUGACGAUCUUAGGCGGAUGAUUAGGACCCUUUCGAAGACCGAACGGGACGCAUUGAUGCAGCUCUUGUCCCAAGAGUUUCCUUCUGAGGAAAAGCCACCGGCUGGUAUCAGAGUAGGCACUCAGGUUGAUUUCCUGCUUGAUUCUCAAUCUGGUAGAGCCGUAGGAGCACGGGAUAGCAGUACAUCAAACAUGGUCAAUGAUAUGCCUGCCCAGAGCGUUGGCUGCGCUCCUGAUCCCAUGGAUAGUCUGAUCAACAGUGAUGCUGGUGGAGGGUCUAUGUACAUCCAGGAGCCCCACCAGCGGCAGAAGUAUGCACAGUCCGUCCAUGACAACUCCUCUACCUCUGAGCACGCGUCCCACUCCAUGUCAUCCUCUUUCCACUGCUCCCACCCUCAUCACAGCAGAACCUGGCCGAGCAUGCAUGCCACGGGUGGGAACUAUGCAGUGCAGGAUACUCCGAUUGUAGUAGAUACAGACAUCAACUACACCGUGCAGAGUGCCCCGAAAACUUACAUGAAUGAGUCGGCGUCGCACUUUGCUCCCCACUCCAAUGCACAAUAUAAAUUCAGCUGCAUUGGGUUGGCCAGCUCCACCUUUGACAGACGUAGGCCCAGACCCGCGUUCCGGGCCACUAUCUACGAAGAUAGUCCUAAGGCCCCGAAAGCAUUCACAGAGCAGGAUGAUAAUAUUAUCCUGGCAGCCAUCUUUUACUACGUUGGAGAUUAUAAUACCAUUGAUCUCAAUUGGCACAUCAUCUACUAUUACUAUUCUCUUCUGAUCUAUAAUAACCGCACCCUCUCCAGUCUGCGUUCGAGGUUCCACAAGUACCUCAAGAUGGAUUUCAAGUUCGAUAUCAAAGACUACUCUUUCUCUUACUGGCUCGAUACUUUAGAGCUGUGUGUCUCCACUAUGCAACACGUCAAUGUCCCCAUAACCCAGAGAGGGGAGCUUUGCAAUAUGAUCGCUACAAAGAAAAAUAAAGUGCACUACCUUGUGGCAUGCAUCUUCGUCUUUCUUCGCCCCGAUAUGAACUACAAUGAGUUGAAGCGUAACUUCUGCAUAUGGCUUGAGCUUAUUAAUGGGCCCCACAGAUUCAUGUGA